AUGAGUGUGCGCUCGCUGCCUCGUCGCUCCCCCACAUCUCUGGAGGCUAUUGCCGCCAGCGAACAACGGAUGACCUCGCUGCUCGGCCGUCUCAACUUGGGGACGGAUUCAGAAGAAUCCAACAGUAAGGAUCUCAACAGCAAAGUCGACCCUGCUGUCAAGUCUGAACCCUCUGCGGAUGACCUUAAUGAGCUCUCCGGCUCGGACGAUGAGAAGAUGACCCGUCAAAGCCACAGCCACGAGUCGGACAGUGGUCUGGGAACCUCGGUCAGUAGUGUCGAGAGUGUCUCUUCAGAUAAGAGCGAAGUGAAUGCAAAAGUGAAUGCCGUCGCGGGCACCACAGCAGCAACCUUCGACAAGCGCCAGCUGGGAUUGAAUGCCUGCAAGCAGAUCGAGAAGUUCAUUCUGGUCCCUAUUCUGAAGGAAUCUCGAUUGAAGCCAUUCCAUCCGCUGGUCCAGAGUGUGCCGCAACGCAUUGUGAAUAAACAGAUUGUCUGCCUUCGCGAUCUGGAAAAAACCUUAUUGUGGUUGGCGCCGAAAUCUGCUCCUACUCGACUUUCUUAUCUCAACUUUUGCGAAUUCACGAUCCAGUGUCUUCACACCUCGGCCUCGCACCUUAACGCGCGCGACCAACGUCUUCCUGCCGACCGCCCAUACACUAACGGCUACUUCCUCGAUCUUGUUUCCCAGGUUCGACGCUCCGCGGCCAUGAUUCGUGAGUCCCGCGAGCGGAUUGAAGCCGCUCAGGCGGCCAAGUCUGCCGAUGGAAAGAACGAAAAGGCCACUGAGCCCACCGUUACCGGAACCCUCAAGCUCGAAGGCGGCUUGUCGAAGACCGGAAAACCUGCCGAGCUGGUCCUUGUGCAGGAGGAUGGCAAGCCCAUCUCGAUGCGCACUGGGGAGGCCUACGAGGCGGAUCUCACCAGCCCUGUUUUCAAGCGCAUGAUGAGCUUCGAUGAGUCUGUUGAUGAGGGUGUGCAGCGUUCCAUGGCUCGCCGCAAGAAGAACGCUCCGCCCAUGGACAUCAACCAGAAGUGCAGUCAUUGCGACAAGGUCUUCAAGCGCCCCUGCGACUUGACCAAGCAUGAGAAGACUCACUCGCGCCCAUGGAAGUGCACGCAGUCAUCUUGCAAGUACUUCCAGGUUGGCUGGCCGACCGAGAAGGAGCGUGACCGUCAUAUCAAUGACAAGCACUCCAACACUCCUGCGUUGUUCACCUGCAGCUUCAAGCCCUGCACCUAUGCCUCCAAGCGUGAGAGCAAUUGCAAGCAACACAUGGAGAAGGCCCACGGCUGGGUCUACGUUCGCUCCAAGAACAAUGCCCGUGGUCACCAUGUCAAGCGCGGCUCGUCGUCCAUCCAGGCCACCCCGCAGACCCCCAGCGUGUCGACUCCGGGCUCGAAGCCGACCGACUUCUCCACCCCGACCAGUGGCCCUAGCCCAUCUCCUCUGGAGUCGAACAUGGGCUUUGCGGACAACUCCAACUUCAACUUCAAUGACCCUCCUGCACCCCCCUGCAGUGAUGAUUUCCCUCUGUUCCUGGAGAACUCGCCUUACCAUGCCUCCUCUGCGGGACUGAGCAACGAUGUCGACCCGCCGUUUGGGUCUUCGAUGAAUCUCGACGCUUUUCAGGCCCAGUUCGGAGCCGGCGACCCGAAUGGUCUGAUUUCGUCUCUGGAGAUGCACCGCCAGUCCAUGAACACCAUGUCCGUCCCUUCCGCAGAUUCGGUCCCGGACUUGAUGGGCCCCGUGUCCUUUGAUGGCUCUCCGCUCGCCUCCACCGAGAACGCGAGUCUGAACUUUGAUCUGGAAUGGAGCCAGCUGGACAUGCAGAACCUCGGCGAGGACUACACUGCGAUGCAGAUGCAGCUACCCCCUGCCGGCAACGCGAUGGAUGCUGUGGCCAUGAAGGCUUACACGCGCGACAUUCCUUUGAUGGGCGAUGCCACGGACUUUUCCUACAAGCUGUCUGGCCUGUCCCCCCAUGCGCAGGGCAACCCGAUGCUGUACUCUCCUCACUCGGGUCAGGUCGAGGAGCGUCUGUCUGACCGCUAUGACUACAACAACCAGCACCAGCUGGGCAACGACUUCACCCUGUACGAGCAGAAUGCGCAGAUGAACCAGGCUGCGACCACCAACGCCAUGAUGCCGACCACCACUCCCCACCAGCCUGCGGGCCAAUACAACCAGAACCACGGCAUGUUUCCCCCGCUGGAUCGCGAGCAGGCCCUGCACGGCAUCCAGACCUGGGCGGACCAGCAGCAGCAGCACGGCGCGGCUCAGGGAUCGCGCAUGCCCUCUGACAUGGACCUGGACUUCAUGGGUUAG